CCUCCUGUUUGUUACUAAAUGUCAAAACAUUCCUUGGUUUUAUUGACUAUUCUCGUUUUCCCGGUUAGAUCUGAAAAUUUGAAUUUUCCCGUUUUCCUGCAUGUUUAACUCGUAAACUAUUUAAAGAUUUUCUAAUCCAUCUAGUUAGGAAAUGGAUAUUGAUACUGCAAGUCCUAAUGGACUGCAGCAAUGGCAGGACCUAUUUGAUGAAAAAGUAUCUAAAGUCUACAAGGAAGAACCACUUGGAGUUUUAAAGAAUCUUGCCAUGAUCCUAUUUACCAUUGACAGGGAAAUGAAAAGAGUUCAAGAUAUGUUACAUGGCGAUGUUUUACACAUCAGAAACAUGGUAAUUGAUUCACAUUUAGGUUCAGAAUCAGACAAACAGAGUUCACAAGAAGACAUCACAAUGCUAGGUAACAUGCUAACUGAUCUUAAAUCAAUACCUCAAUCGAUAGAUUCUCCUGAACCAUUUCCAAAUAAAGCCCAAACAAAAACUGUAUUAUCCCCCAAUUACUCGGACAAUAAAAUUGACUUAACAUUCGAUUGUGAUAGUAGUAUCACAAGAUAUUCAGAUAUGAUCAAUACAAGCCCAGAACUAAAGAAUACUAGAUACAAGGACUAUAAAAGGAAGCUUAGAAGGAAAAGGAAGAUAGAUUGUGAUGCUAAUCCUACUAAUAAUUUGUUAAGUGGACUGAGGGAUUCUGUUAUCUUGGAUGAUAGCUCUUUUAAAGAGAAUAAUGAUGAAAUUGAUGCUUCUUUGGAAUUUUUUAAACAUGUACCGCCUCAAGUUGAAAAAGAAAAGAAUUUAAUCAGCAAAACUCUUGAAGAGUGCCAAAUUAAAGUUACCCCUAGAAAAUCAGAAGAUUUUGAUUUUUCUGUGAUACAAGGCACCCCUGUCCUAAAACCUGCUAUGUCUAUGAAAAAAGACUCAAAAAGCUCAUCCUUUCCCCCCAGAAGGAAAGCUAGCAAGAAACCUGAUCUUACAUUAACCCAAAUGAUAGUAACUAAUAAAGAAAAGACUGAAUGUAAAAAAAGAUUAGGCCAAAAGAAAACAAAUUGUGACAACUCUACGAUACAAAGCAGUUCUGGUAUCCAGAGCACGGAUGUUUUGAAGACUAAUCGAAUGUUUACUGAGCAAAAAAAUAGCAAUGAGACUUCCAAAAAAGCUAAUGUUUGCACAAAAACGCCACUAAUUCAACCAAAGGAAGGUGAAAAAUCUGUAAGUAUAUCAAUGAUGGUUGAUCUGUUAAAUGAAGAAUCAAGUGAUUCAACCAAAAAUAUCAAUUUUGAUCCUAGUUCAAGCAAGGAUGAAACGCAGGAUCUGUCAAGUAGCAUAAGAUUUGAAGAUUUUGAGGAUGAGUCUUCGCUGAACAGCGGCAUGCUUGACGCCUUAACAACAAUUGAGACACCAGAAAAAAGUUGUCCAGAUUUGAAUGAUUUUCUGGCAAAAGCUCAAAAUGUUCCUGUUGAAUUACAAGCUGCACCUGUUAUUAGAGGCAAAGCGAGACAAAAACUACCCGGUUGGGCUUGCAAAGAAUGUGAAACGUUUUAUAAGAACCAAGGGCUGGAACCAAACGAAAUAUUGGCUUUAAAUAAAUGUACAAAGCACCGAGGUGUAUACAAACCUAGAGAAGAUACUUUGCCUGGUUAUUGGGACAUGGAUCUACGAACCCAAGAAUGAAUGAAAUAUUUAAGCCUUUUAUAUAUUUUUGUUAAUGAAAAUACAUAAUUUUAUAAGCAAAUUAAUUAUGUUUUAUAUUUAAAGUGAAUAAAAUCAUUUAUAUUUUAAA